UGAGACUGCCUCGAGUUCAAGCCGGAGGGCAAUAUAUAUCAACGCUUGGUAUCUCCAACAGUGGGAGGACUACUUUUAGUUGCAUCUGAUAUAAAGUAGACCGGCCGCGGUGCGUAAGUUUCAUACUCGGUUUUCUACGUCAUUUAAUAACAUGAUAAAUUUAAGAGUCCAAUGCACGUGACGGUUUCAAUUAUUAUUAUCAGCAAAGUAAAAUCAGUCAGCACCCUGUUGUAAUGUUGUUAUUAACGAUUACUCAAUAAGCGUUAUCUCGCGACCGCUCCGAAAGUCCGAGUAGUGAAUCUUCUGCAAACAGCAAACCCUGCCUUUGGUCGACGAGAAAAUCGGCCGAGUAUCAAUCCUGUCAUCGGGACGCGAAGUUGGCGUGCCACAUACCGGCGCCCCACCCUUCGGCAGUCAAGUGUUGUCGUGAACUUGAUUUUGUAUCUAACAUUGCAAAUCGGGAUUACUGACUACGGACGAUCUUCGACGGGGAUCUCUUGACUCGUAAAGUGAGAAUUCUCUAACUCGAAUCCAUCCACUGUAUUGAUUGUAUGUCAGAAAAAUCAAUUCGUCACCGUCAUUUUAACACCGCCGAGUGAGCCACAUAACCUGUGAUUUGUCUUAUACAGUGGUGCUUUUGUAGAUAAUUCAAUUCAAGAAUGUGCAGUGAUUGUGACUUGAGGUUUCGUUCAACUACGUAACUAAUCACGUGUAUUUUGUUCUGAGUAUUAUACAAAAAAUUCAGCAUGUAUGCCCUACAAAUGCAAACUGCCUGUCAGGGCGAAGGCAGUGGUGAACCGGAAGAUCCAAGUAGUAUACAACAGGAGCCAACGCGUCCUGCUACUCAGGAUUGUAGCACGUACGACAUUGUCAGAGCUACACAGUAUGGCGCCUUGGAGCGAGUUACUGAAUUAGUUGAAGCUGGGGCAAAUGUGAAUCAACCAGAUUCGGAGACUGUUACUCUCUUGCAUUGGGCUUCGAUCAACAAUCGGAAGGAAAUUGUCAAAUAUCUUAUUGCCAAAGGCGCUAUCGUCGAUGCAAUCGGUGGAGAAUUAGCCUCGACUCCGCUUCAUUGGGCCACAAGGCAAGGACACCUACCAACGGUCGUAUUAUUGCUAAGAGCAGGUGCUGAUCCUUCUUUGAGAGACUCGGAAGGAUUUUCAUGCAUUCAUUUGGCAGCUCAGUUCGGUCAUACAGCUAUCGUUGCAUAUCUAGUCGCAAAAGGAGUUAAUCCAAAUAUGCCUGAUAGAAGCGCCAUGACUCCGUUAAUGUGGAGUGCAUAUAAAGUGAAUAGUCUAGAUCCAACCCGAUUGUUAUUAACCCUGGGUGCAUCAAAUUCACUCACAGACAACCUCCAUGGUAAUACAGCCUUGCAUUGGGCCAUUAUAGCAAAGAACAACACUGCCAUAUCAACGUUAGUUCACAGUGGGGCAUCAUUAGAUGUUCCCAACUUUCAAAAUGAAACACCUCAAAGCUUGUUGAGUCCACAUAUAGGAGCAGUGUGGCUGGGUCAUAAGAUAAGUCAAGAAAUUAAGGAGAAACAAGGACGCACAAGAGCAUGGUGCAGAGACAAGAGAGUGAGAUGGUAUUGUAUGGUCAGCACUCCGUUCUUCGUGUUUUACAUCAUCGGAUUAGUCCUCCAAAGUGGAUUUGAUUAUUUAGCAAAAUUAGGUGCCUUCCUCACCAUCUACAUAGCCGUCUACUUGGCGAAUCACUUUCUGUUUGACGAACGUCUUUUUCACAUUUUGCCCAUGUCAAUAUACCUGGCUACAAAGAUGUGGAUAUAUAUAACAUGGAUAUUUUGGCUGGGAGUACAUGCAGCCUGGUAUCUGUGGUUCAUGUUAGUUGUUGGAUCCGUACCUUUGUGGACAUGCUUUUUAAAAUCAUGGAGGGGAAAUCCAGGAGUGAUUACAGCAACGCAUGAAGACAAAUUAAAUACAAUUAUUGCGUUGGCAGAAUCUGGUGGUUUUGAACCGCAAUGGUUUUGCAGUAGUUGCUUGGUUAGAAGACCGAUGCGCUCAAAGCAUUGUUCUUCUUGUGAUCGCUGUGUUGCUCGAUUCGACCACCACUGUCCUUGGGUGAAUAACUGCAUUGGAGCAAACAAUCAUAAAUAUUUCCUCGGAUUCUUGGCAUCUCUACUAGCCUUGUGUAUUGUGGUUUUGUCAGCAAGCGUACAAUACUGGCAGUUUGAGUGUUGGAGUAAUCUCACAAAUGGCCACAGUCCAGAUAAUUACUUGGUAUCAGCAGCUACUUGCGACGCGUGGGUAGCUUGGGUAUCUGCAAAUACAGCACUUCAUUCUUUUUGGGUAGGAACGUUGUUGGCUUGUCAGUGCUACCAGAUCAUGGUCCUGGGUAUGACGACCAAUGAACGUAUGAACGCAGGUCGUUACAAACACUUCAAGCAAGGUAAUCCCUUUCACAGAGGGGCAAUACAGAACGCUGCUGAUUUUUGUGGGUUAAGCUUCUGUGGUGUUAAAGCAAAGCCGAGCUCAGACUGGUUGCACAGCUUUGAUCUCAAGCAGAGCAUAGAAAAAUUACCUUUGCUUGCGGCAAAAGACAAUUAUCAAUAUGUAUAAGGAUAUUGGAUAGCUAAUACGGUAUAUCUCGUGUGAAGAUUAUUGGCAUUGUUAUUACGUUAUCACUAUUGGAGUUAUCAGAUUUUGAUACGCCGUUUCACUUGUUUUUAUAGUUAAUCUGUAGUACCAAAGAGAGUUACUAUGUUGAAAUAAUAAUGAUUAAGUGACUUGAUAAGAUUGGAUGGUAAGCAAGGAGCAAAUUGUGUAUCUAAACACAUUCCUAGAACUUGAAUUAAAACAAAGACAGUUUUCAAAUUCCAUUAAAAAUCGCUAAUGUAGACUGGGACGAAAAAAAAGUACUACAGUUUUUUCUUGAUGAUCAAUUGAUCUCUAUACUCGCUCUGUAAAAAAUUCUUUCAGUUAAUAGCCUUUGCAAUUAGCGUUUACUUACUAGUGUCGUGUUUGAAUUUUGACUCUAAAUAAGCCGCGAUACAGGUUGAAUAUGAUAAAACGAGUCUCAGCUCGGCACUAGAUGCAGCUACAUUUCUCCUUAUAUCUAUAUGACUAGUAAUUGUAUUGAAUCUUCUUACAAGUUUUAUCACAACUACUGUUGUUGCCGGUUUAAUUUUUAUAUUAUUUUGUAACAUUUGUUGGUGAUUCUAAACCAGUUCUAAACAAUUUGCCCACUUAAUUCUACCAUUAUUGUAAACUAAUCGAAAUUCUGAGUCAUGGUCUGAUUUGUGCAGAGAUGCCUUAUUAUUAGUACGCAUUUCAAUAAGAAAAUUCAUAAAGUAUCUUGAUUGGCGGUACAUUGCUUAUUGUUCUUGAAGCGCUAUUUGCUCGCCUUGUGCCAUUACUUGCGAAACAUUUUAUGAUUAUAUAUACAGGAUGAGGCUAUAUACAGCAUUGCACGAAAGCUGAAGAUACACGGCUUUACCAACAUUAAAAUAUAGCUAUGUACACUGCCGGCUAGUGUAUUGAUAUUGAUUGGCAGUGUAUGUAAAUAACUUCGAUAUUUUUGCAAAUAAUUAACGUUAACCAAAUUGUAUCCCGUCAACAUAACUGUAUCAUUUUGUAUCGCUCGACCUGUAUAAAUAAUUAUAUCACAUACCAAAAGCAAAUAUAAAACAGGCCCCUUUAUGCGAUAAAAGACUUCUAGAGAAAAAGCUGACAGUUUUUAUGCUUUUCGCGAGUACAUUGUGGUAUCUCACAAUUCAUAGAAUUGCUCAAAAAAGAUGAUAAUAGGGCGGUUUUUUUUUUUUUUUUUUACUGCAUAAAGUAGUCUACAAUGACUUUUUAUUUUUAAUAUAUUUUGCUGUAAUAAUUUGUAUAUAUCUUGUGUCAUUUAAUAUUUUCCGUUGUUUACCGAAGUAAGUAAUGAGGUGAAUUGUGAUAAAGGUUGGUACUGAAAUCAUGAUGAUAAUUAAAGACCAUAAACUGACUAAGUUCUUUACACCAAAAGAAAAAAUUUGAUUUUGAUACGCCAUGAAUUUGGCAUUCAAAUUUAUUUACUUCGUUGAAAUCUAGCAUGUGAGAUGCGUGAUGUAAUCUUCUGAUAUAAACAAAACAGCGUUAAUAUUAGAUUAAUUAUGGCAUAUUAUAGAUUAAGGCAAACAUUGUGUGGGCUUCAUAUAUGAACCCAGUUUUAAAAUACGCUUUGCAAG